CCACCUGCAAUAUAAGAGCAUCUAGGGAAAUAAUUUGAUCAGAGAGAGAAACAGCAUGAUAGCAAGCACAUCCAGCUGACCCCCCUUGGUUCCUCCAUGCACUCUAGCAUCUUCUUUGCCCAUGCUCAUUUUUGCUGAUCUCUUAAAGCUUUGGACCUGAUCAAGUACGGACCCAAGUGGGAAGACGCUGCCCCUCGCCUCUCCUGGAUGCCACCAUGAAGCUGAUGUCCCUGGUGCUGUUCCUCACCUUCACUCUGCUGGCUUUCAAUGCUGGCCACAUCCUACCAGGAGUAGCAGAAGGGGAAAGCAGGGAGCAGAAAGUGUGGGCCAGAGCGGGGAGUUCAGCCGUGCUGCCUUGCCACCUGAGCCCCAAAAAGAUGUGGAAGCAGCUGCCUGACAAGACAUCCGUGCUGUGGAAGCGGCAUGGGGGAAGCGCCCGCCAGGAGCCACACGUGGUGCUGGAGGUGGGGUACUCGGGCCUUCGGAAGACGGCACUGCCCAUGAAGCCCCGGGUGUCAGUCCAGGAUUCCGCCUUACGCAAUGGCAAUUUCUCCCUGCGAAUCGACCCGGUCCGGAGCGAGGACGUCGGGCUGUAUGAGGCUCAGGUGACAUACGGCACGGAGGUCAGGAGCUGCCAGGUGGAGCUGGGUGUAAUUACAGUAACCCUCAGUCCACCCAGCCCUGUGGUAGAAAAUGAACCGCUUUUGUUGAGCUGCAACUCUAGCCACCGGGCCAACCUUGUGGAGACGUGCUGGUUCCACAACGGGCGCCUGGUCCCCACCUCCGGGACCUUCUGCUCCUCGCAUGGCGCUCUCUCCAUCCUCCGGCCAGCCAUGAGUGAUGCGGGCUCCUGGCGCUGCCAGCUCAGAUACUCCGAUAACGAGAUCAUUUCUGCCACGUACAACCUGCAAAUUCUAGGUUUUGAUGGCCCAACCAACCCUGUGGUCUAUGCUGCAGCUGGGUCUGCAGCUGAUCUGCCGUGUACCCUGAGCUACCUUCCCAGUGCCUUUGGGAUCAACCUGGUGACAGCCCACUGGAGCCGUCUUGCAGGAGGACUCUUGCAAGACUGGGGCAUCUCCCAGAAUUCGAGCAGCAGAAGCUUCCCCCUUCACCUCCCUGCGGUGGGGCCGGGUGAUGCAGGGCAGUACCACUGUGCUGUCUCUGUUGGCAGCAAGAAAAUCAGCAGGGACGUGACCUUGGCAGUGGUUACAGUUACUCCAAGCAUCCAAGGACCAGUUUCUGAGGGGUCUCGCUUGCUGCUCAUCUGCAGCCUCACACACCCCCGGGGACAUGAACGUUUCCAGUGGAAGCACCUCGACUCAGCCCCCACUAACAGCAAGCUGGCUGUGGCCACCUCCCAUAACCUGGAGGGCCACAGACCCCAGAUGGGCCCUACCUUGGAAAUACCCCAAGUGUCACAAAAGGAUACGGGCACGUGGGAAUGCAGUGUAUAUGGCCCAGAAGGCAAACUGGGAGCAGUGGAGUACGGGCUGCAGAUCACAGGUGCCCAGGUCUCCAGCCCUCCCACCAUCUUCAGUGGGCAGGUUACUUUUGGGCUCACACUCACCCUCUUCCUCCUGCUCACGGCCUGUGUUCUGGCUCUGGCCCUGCAAAAAAGGGCACGGUCUCCUGCCUUCCCAGCGCUGGAAGGGAUGGUUGCAGUCACUGUGCCGAGGAAGAAGGAGAUGGAGGAAAACCAGAAAGAGAAGAUCCAGCAAACUGAGUGCUGAUGGGAGCAGGGACACUGGGCCCAGUCUGCAUGGGAGGAUGAAACUCUGUGUGCCAUGCUGCAGAGAGAUGGGCACCAUGCAGACCUCUCAGGAGGGUCUAGGGAUGGCAUGAACAUAGCAGGAGGCCGUGGGAACUCUGUACUUGAAGAGGGGCUGGAAGUUGCGUACCAGAGCAAGACAGGACUCGCC